GUUCUUAAUCAAGUACCAACUGUAUGGAUCUAGGACAGGUUUGUCCCAUGGCCUGCUCUGAACAGUCUGCUGUCUAAUAGAAAAUUCCGUUGGCAAACCAUCUCUCUAUUGCCUUACAUAGAAAGCAAAGAAGAUGGAUCAAUUGAAGAGCCAUCUGACUGUGUGCUUUUUACCUUCCGUGCCCUUUUUAAUCUUAGUAUUCACUUUAGUGAGUGCUAAGAAUGUGACUAACAGCCCUUUAAAUGGCACUGACACGGUCUUGGGAUCUGUGCCUGUAAUCCUUGCCACCAUGGACCAUAUCAUAGUAAAGGAAGGGAACAGUGCCUUGAUUAAUUGUAAUGUUUAUGGCAUCCCUGACCCACAAUUCAAGUGGUACAAUUCCAUUGGCAAGCUGUUGGAAGAAGAGGAUGAGAAGGAGAAAGGAGGAGGAAAAUGGCAGAUGCACGACAACGGCCUACUGAACAUCACCAAGGUGUCUUUUUCAGACCGAGGUAAAUACACGUGUGUUGCUUCUAACAUGUACGGUACUGUGAACAACACAGUGACCUUGAGAGUCAUCUUUACCUCUGGAGACAUGGGUGUCUACUACAUGGUCGUCUGCCUUGUGGCCUUCACCAUCGUCAUGAUCCUCAACAUCACCCGUCUGUGCAUGAUGAGCAGCCACCUGAAAAAGACUGAGAAAGCCAUUAAUGAUUUCUUUAGGACAGAAGGUGCAGAGAAGCUGCAAAAGGCGUUCGAAAUUGCCAAGCGGAUCCCCAUCAUCACAUCAGCCAAAACUUUAGAACUUGCCAAAGUCACCCAGUUUAAAACCAUGGAAUUUGCCCGCUAUAUUGAAGAGCUGGCCAGGAGUGUGCCUCUGCCCCCGCUCAUUAUGAACUGUAGGACGAUUAUGGAGGAAAUCAUGGAGGUGGUUGGGCUAGAGGAGCAGGGGCAGAAUUUUGUGAGGCAUACUCCAGAAGGCCAGGAGGCCACUGACAGGGAUGAGGUUUACACAAUCCCAAACUCUUUAAAGCAAAGUGAAUCUCCCACUGCUGACUCUGACACCUCAUCCUUACACGAACAGCCUCAGCAGAUUGCCAUAAAGGUGUCUGUCCACUCACAGUCCAAAAAAGAUCACAUGGAAGACCAAGAAGGUGUGCAAUUUGAAGUCAAAGAUGAAGAGGAGACUGAACCAUCAGCUGAACGUUCACCAGAAACUGCAGAACCUUCCACAGAUAUAACAUCCACAGAGCUAACGUCUGAAGAACCGACACCUGUUGAGGUAGCUGAUAGAGUACUGCCACCAGCUCACCUGGAAACUAUAGAGCCAGCAGUGGUACAUGACAAAAACACCUGUAUUAUUUAUGAAAGCCAUGUUUAAUCUCAACUCUGUAAAGCUAUGCAUAUAAGAAAAUCAGGGGCUUCUCCUUGUAAUAACAGAUGUAGUACGCACUUGCCACUAAGCCUUACCAGGAGACUCUCAUCCCUUAGGUAGGAGUGAUGCCAUUUUAAAAGGGGAAACGUUUAUGUGCAGCUUAUGUGAUUGGCAUUUUCCCAAUAGUGAAGCAUAGGAGAAACAUCCGGGUACAAGGUUGAUAAUGCCCACAGAAGGUGUCUGUCCAUGUGACACAAGUCUUCAAGGUAAUUCUCUGCCAAAUCCCUU